UUGAAGGAAAUAAACAAGAAAUUUGUUAAUUUUUUAUAAAAAUAAGAUGUCUCAUGGAGAAUCUGUUUUUUUUGGGAGCAAUUGUGAAACAUUGUUAUUACCAGGUCUUCCAAGUAUGAAUAUGAUGUUUGAGGAGAUGAAACAUAAAAUGGGAGAAUUUACAGUGAAAUUUGAUAAAUUUGUAAUGAAUAUGAGGGAAAAGAAGCUAGAGGAAAGAAAUCGAUAUUUGAAAAGUGUAGGAGAAGAUCGAGAAAUACAGAGAAAUUUACAGAAACAAAUAGAGGAAUGUAAAGAGAUUGAAAAAAGGAUGCAGGAGGCAAUUGAGAGAGAAAAACAAGAAGUUAUUGAGGCAGAAAGGUCAAUUGCAGAAUUUAAGGAGAAGAAAGAGGUUAUGAUGGAGAAACGGGAGUAUUUAUUACAAAAAAUACAAGAUAUUAGUCAAACAAUUCAAAAAAAACGAGAAUUUCGAUCUAAUAUGAGACAUAUGUUUAUUAAACAGGCGGCUAAAGACAAACCAGAGCUUGAAUUUUGGGAAGAACACUUGGCUAUGAAAAUUAAAGGUGUUAAAGAUGAUUUUCUUAAAAUAAUUUUUACACAUAUUGAUGAAAAUGAUUGGAUGAAAGAGUUUUAUUUUAUUAUUAAUCUUUCAAAGAGGGAAUAUGAGGUAACCGAAUGUUCACCUGCAUUGGCAACGGUUCAUGAGAUUGUUUCAAAAUUAAACACAUGUAGAGAUUUUUUUGGAUUUCUUAAAGAUAUGAGAAAGGCAUUUAAAAAAUCUAUUCAAUCAUCAUAGAUUAUUGAAAAAACAAUAUUCUACCUUAUAUUCGUUGAUUUAUAGU